UGAAGAUGAACAGGAUAUUGUUGGUUAACCAGAGCUCUUCAUGAAGAAUUCACAAAAAAAGCUAUUGCGCAUUUCCAAAGGAAUCCUUGCGAGAUUUUACAACGAUCCCGAAGAGAGAACUCAAAAAUGUCAAGCGUGCUCGAUAAUGCCAAAGCGAAGGCGAAGGAGGUUGCAAUUGAGGAUUUUAACAAAGCAAAAGAUCUGGCACAAUCAGCUGCUAAAUCUGGAGCCUACUUAUAUCCUAUCAAGGGUAUCUUCUACUUCCUCAGCCAUCGGACAUUAUGGAAACCCCUCCUCUCCAAGCUCGCCCCAACUAUGACGCUCUCGGUUGGGGUGGUGAGUUUUAUGUUUGUCUUCGCAUACGUCCCGCAACUGGCCGUUCUGGUCUUCGUCAAUGGGCCACUUGCGGCAUUCUCUACGGCUCUUUUGACCCUUAGCGAGAGUUCUGCUAUCAUAACCUUCCUUUCCAGGAGAUUCCUAAUCCAGGAUACUUUAGUCGAUACAUUCGAUGGGGUUCUCCUCGCCAGAAACCAAACAGCUGUGGUGGCUGAAGGCCGUCAGCUGAAAGCGGGGAAUUUCGGUGACCCGAUUGGCAAGUUAGGGAAGUUGCUCAAGUCGCCGUUCGACAACUUUUCGACAAAGUCACUAGUGAGAUAUGUCCUGUAUCUACCCUUGAAUUUUAUUCCUGUGGUUGGAACGGCCAUGUUUGUGCUCCUACAGGGUCGCACCCGGGGCUACUCAGUUCACAACCGUUACUUCCAACUCAAAAAAUGGCCGCAAUCAGAAAGAGAGGCUUGGCUUAAGGAGAACACCGCUCCGUAUACAGCGUUUGGCACUGUUGCCACAUUCCUGGAACUUGUUCCAGUCGCAUCCAUUUUCUUCUCGUUCACCAACACAGUUGGCGCUGCAUUAUGGGCAGCAGAUAUAGAGGCUAACAAUACUUCUAUGACUGAGAUGACGACCCAGAAAUCUCGAGGAGGAGGCAAAAAGACCGAGUAGGGAGAGCAGAGAUGCAGCCACCCGAAAUUAGAAUUGGAUUCGUGCAACCAUUUUCUCGUUGAGAUGCUGCCGACCACUCGCUUCAGGUAACAGUGCUGUCUUCGCACCAAGCCACGACUUUGAUGAUCUUCUUUUCUUCAAGUCUUGUUUUCACCCCUGCAUUAUUCGUUUGUUCCUUAUGGCUGGGUAUUUUAUUUCAGG